AAAAGGAUUUUGGCUGUUAAAUUAGUUGUGAAAAAAUGAAGAAAAUUGACCCAAAAUACAGAGAACUAAAUCAUCUCUUUGACAUCAUUGAUAAUCCCGAUGAGGACACCGAACUUGUCGUUCCCACGGAGGAAGACAUCAAUAGCCAGGAAUUCCCAUCAACGCAAAAGGGGUAUCUGUGCAGAAUUUGCUUCUCAACCUUCACAUCUUUUACCCUCCUGAAUGAUCACACAACAACAACUCACUUCACUGAACCCAAAUUCCACUGUCGCAUCUGCAUGCACUCCGUUGCAGCGGAGAGUGACCUCAAUGAGCAUCUUGUUGAAGCCCACGCAUCGGAUUCCUUCACUAACUGCCCGUACUGCCAGAAGAACUUCACGGUGUUCAGCAUUGAAUUCGAACGACAUCUCCGGAAUCACAAUUUGUACCAAAAUCAAGUUACCCGCUAUGGCUUCCGGAAUACCCACAGGAUGUUCUACAUUUGCCCCAAUUGCUGGAUGCUCUUCUGGCACAGAGAACAGUACACGCAGCACAUGACCUUCCAUUCCCUCCCCGAGGGAAGUGAUUGCGAACUCUGUGGGCGGAAGUGUGGGACGGAAAUGGAGUUAAAGACUCACAUGGAGAAGGUUCAUAAAUCAACAAAAGGUCAGAAGCGUGUGGCACUCCCAUGUCUACCGAGUAGUACACGCAUGAAGGCAGAGGAACAAGUUGGAAGCAUAACAAGUUGUCCCUACUGCAAUAUGAAGAUCUCUCACACGAUGUCCUUUGAUAGUCAUCUCAGAUUCUUCCACAGAGGAAUACCAGCUAAGAUUCCAAAUGGUCAAAUUAAGUGCACAGUUUGCAAGAAAGUUUUCUCUGAUCUCAAAGCAUUGCUUGGGCACGUUAAGUAUUAUGAGGUCAACGGAAAUACGCAUGGAAGGCCAAAGGGGAAGCAAACUUUUACCAAAUGUUCAGCCUGUUCUAAGAGUUCUAAGCCUCAUCUAGCAGCAUUGAAAAAUACUAAAAUUACAGCCAAAACAAAGUGCACCUGUGGCCUUAAAAAGGGCAAAGUGAUGUUUUAUAAAUUCAAUUGCAACUCCAAGGAAGCAGUAGAAUGCCCAAUUUGCAAGAAAACUGUUAAGGAGCUAAGGUGGCUGUAUGUUCAUCUUGAUGUCUUCCACAAGAACUUCCUGUUUGUCUGUCGAAUUUGCAAUCACAGCACUGAGGAAAUUGAGAGUUUGAAGAAGCACGUUGAAUGGCAUAGAAAUGAUGAAGAUUUCAGAAAAGAAUCAUCAUUGCAAGAGGAUGAACACAUGCAAGAAGACAAGAUUGUGAAGCAAGAGAUAAAGGAAGAGAAAGUUGAUGAUGCUGAAUCGGAAAAUUUCAUGACAUCCAUGGACAUUUCAGAAGAACAAAUUAGCCAAAAUCAGGUUGAAUUUUUCAAAGCUGAAGAGAAAGUUAGCCAGGAUGUGAAGGAAGAGCAAAAAGUUGAGACUAACGAAAAGGGCUUGGACCAUCUAGACGUUAAGAUAAAAGAGGAACAAGAUGUGGAAAUCAAGGAAGAGCCUGAAGAAAUUAAUUCUUUAACUGAAAAAAUUUAAGCAGAAGUGAUAAACUAUAUAAAAAAAAAUAAUACUUUAAAUUAGAUCGAAAAUAUUCGGCUAAAACUCGUAUAAUUUUCAGAAUUUUUUGACAUUUCACAAAGUCGUCGAUAGAACUGAGGCGAGUGGACCUCCAUUAAUCAUUUCAAGUAUUAAGAUCAGUCCAGAAUACUGACCACUAUACUACCGAGGAAAAUUGAUUCAAAGAUGGAAAGUUCUCAGCAAUUUCAGUACUUUAGUUAACUAAUUUCAGUUCCAGAUUAAUCGUCAACAGUUUGUUCCUUUUUGAACGAAUUAAAACAACAAACUUUUAACCUCAAAA